GCUGUGGUCACCGGGGCAGUUCGCCCGCUCUUCACCGCGGCUCGCCUGGCAGCGUCCCGGGGCCGGUUUUCCCCGCCUCCCUCCGCCCCGUGGCCUCACACCGUACGCGGAGCGGAGAGCCGGCGCCAUGGGCGGGGAGGAGGAGAUCGUGCGCAUCGCCAAGCGACUCGACAAGAUGGUCGCCAAGAAAAGCGCGGAAGGGGCAAUGGAUUUGCUGAAGGAACUGAAAAGUAUGCCGAUAACACUGAAUUUACUGCAGUCUACUCGAAUCGGGAUGUCUGUGAAUGCACUUCGAAAGCAAAGCACAGAUGAAGAUGUGAUUGCGCUCGCCAAGUCACUUAUCAAGGCUUGGAAGAAACUCCUAGAUGCUUCAGAGGAUAAGGGCGAUGAAAAGAAGAAAAAUUCUUCCUUGCCGGCUUCCUCCUCAAAGGAGAGUGGUGAUUCACGAGAUCAAAGCUCCAUCAAAAGACAGGAGCCUGUAAAAAGUCCCACUACUCCCAAAAUCACUUCUUUCCCACCCGCGCCCAUCACGUGUGACACAGUGCGAAGCAAAUGCCGAGAAAUGUUGACUUCUGCUCUCCAGACGGACAAUGACUAUAUGGCCAUCGGUGCUGACUGUGAGCAACUGGCUGCCCAGAUUGAAGACUUUAUAUACCAAGACGUGAAGAACACAGACUUGAAGUACAAAAACCGAGUCAGGAGCCGCCUCUCCAAUCUACGGGACUCCAAGAAUCCUGACCUCCGAAAGAAUGUGUUGUGUGGAGUGAUCACUCCAGAGCAAAUUGCAGUGAUGACCUCAGAGGAAAUGGCCAGCAAUGAGCUGAAAGAGAUCCGGAAAGCCAUGACCAAGGAGGCCAUCCGGGAGCAUCAAAUGGCCAAAACAGGAGGGACCCAGACAGACCUUUUCACCUGUGGGAAGUGCAAGAAAAAGAACUGCACCUACACUCAGGUGCAAACCCGCAGUUCAGAUGAGCCAAUGACGACGUUUGUUGUGUGUAACGAAUGUGGGAACCGCUGGAAGUUCUGCUGAAACGCCUCCGAUGGGAGCAGCAACAGCCGAUUCAGGGUUGGAGCUCUGCCAUGUACUCCUGUAGUACCGCCAGCAGAUUUUGUACUGUUUUGUCGCCAAGUUUGCUCUGUGCUCUGUACAUCAUCCAGGUGAGGAGGGCCCUGCUGUCUGCACACCUGUGGGAAGCGGCAGUGGCUAGGAACGGAGGCUGGGAUGGCAGCAGGUGGAAAGUUCACGCGGACCAGCCAGCUUUGGAAUUUCUCAUCCUAGUCAGUAUUGUGAGAGUGUGGAACGGUAUUAGACAUUCUUUGUUCUUGUUCCUUUUCUUUUCUUUUAAACGGCCAGGUGUCUGGUUUUGAGCCUCAAAGUGUACAGAAGCUUCUUGUGACUUUCCUUGGCUCCAGCUGCGACUCUCAAAAGCUAAAAUCAGUAUUAACCCAAUUCCCUAGUACUGAGACCGGCAAAGGCCCCUUUGUGUUUCUCAGGAUGAGGUUUUAGCUUUCUCUGCGCAAACCUGUCUGUACUACCGACUGAAAGCCACUCCAAAGUGGCUUGGGGGCUCAGGGUGCUUGAUCGAGACCUCUCGGCCCCUUUACUGAGGUAUCACUCAUCCUGUUUCAUUUUGUUUGGCGGGGGGUGGUGGUGGUGGAAAGAAUAGGAAGCUUGGUGAAAUGUUUUUCAAAUCAGUUUAAAUAUAUGGGAUAGAUGUCCCAUGUCUGGGUUGUGAAACAAAACAUCUCAGAAAGGUGGGUUGCUGUCCUCAAGAGAUGAAAGGCAUGCGCUUCAAAAGAAAAUAAGGCUGGGAGGGGAAGUGAAAUGCAGGACUCAUUUGAGGAAGAGCCUCUAGGAGGAUAGCUUUAUCUAACCGGGCUCUUGGCAAUUUUUUUGCGGGGGAAGCAGAGAUUAUUUUCCUGCUGUCUUUCAGCUGCCUUGUAAAUUUGAAGCUUCCGCUCUGUCCAAAGAAUUUUGGGAAUUGCUCUGUGUAAAGCGGAGAGAAUUUGGUUAGCAUCCAUUUUGACUGCUCAGUGUGAAAUCCCUAACCUUCCUGCAUUCUCUGUAUGUACUAGGGACACCACUGCCCUCUGCUAAUCACAUCUGCACAGCAAUUUCCAUUUCCCAUAUAGGAUGAGUCUCUGCCCUGUGCAUAUACACACACACGCGAAAAGAGAGCAAUCUUAGACUAGAUGGAGUGAGGGAUUCGGCCUACGUGCACAGGUAUCUAUGUAGCCUCUAGGUGCAGGUAUUACUGGCACAGAAGUAUUUGAGUUGGUUAAAGGAAGCAUCCUGGGGAUCUGAGGGAAAGACUGGAUGAAUCCCUGCUUUGAUAUUUCAUGGCUGAGGGGAAAGGCAGAAGCUUGCUUAGGCUGGCAGUAUCUAACCCCUGUGCAAGGUGCUAGAAAACAGCUGCAGUACAAGAUUUUAGACCAGCGUUUCUCAACCUUGCCAACUUUAAGCUGUGUGGACUUCAACUCCCAGAAUUCCCCAGCCAGCCAUGCUGGCUGGGGAAUUCUGGGAGUUGAAGUCCACACAGCUUAAAGUUGGCAAGGUUGAGAAACACAGUUUUAGAACUUCACCUCCAGUCUGCUAAUGUAGCUAAGCUUACCAGGGCAAUGAAAGCAUGCCGUGGGUCUAGAGAAGAGAAUCAGUUCACGGAGGCAGAAGACACCUCUUUCGGAAAGAUGGUUAACCCAGGGUAGCUUGGAUUGUAUCUCUGCCUUUGCUGCAUCAUCUAGUGAUCUGGCCCUCUCUUGUUUUUAUUUUUAUUUUGUAUGUUCCAUGUACAGUUGCAAAUGCAAAAUAAUAAAAUGCCUACAUGAAGAACAAAGCCAUGUGCUUUUGAUGCAGUGCAACCUCAGAGACAUUUGAAAACUUCAAACAUUAAAAAAAAAAUCAAAGCUGGGAGUAAGGCAGAACCAUGUCUGUCGAUCCCCACACUUCUGUCUGCACAUGCGUCUGGACUGCCAGCUAUUUCAAACGUUGCCGUGUCACACAGCAUGCUUCCCCAAGCCAGUCAGAGGCUGAACAGCUGCAUGUGCACGACUUUCUAAGCUUGGUUGGUUUUAACCUUGGUUGGUCUUUGUGUGUGUGCCUUAAUCUCUUGGUCAAACCCAGCCUUAUGGUAAGCUUAUAGCUCACUGUACUAUGUAAACACAGAUAAUGGAUUAACUCAAUAACCAGGCUGGGCUUGUUGUGUGACUGUAGCCACUGAGGUUUGGAAAAAGUUUCUGUUUGGGUUCAGCUGAAUAUGAGAAAAUAUAAUCUGCAGUUCCAAGGAGAGACUCAUGCUCAGCCAAAUAUGGGUUGACAUGUCUUUCAAACCUUGAAGCUCAAACACGAAGAUCUGAGAUUGUGGGUAAGAUGGGCAUAUUGGAGAAGGCCAGCAUGUGGGACCUUGUGUGCUGCCUCAUUUUAAGCCAGUGUUUUUCAAACUCGGCAACUGUAAGGUGAGUAGACUUGGCUGGGGAAUUCUGGGAGUUGAAGUCCACCCACCUUAAAAUUGCCGAGUUUGAAAAACAGUUUUAAGCCAUCAGAUGUUGUGAGGAAUGUAUGAAGAGGGCUAAAGUAUAGUUUCCUCGAGUAUCUCUUCUUCCAGAUUUCUUUUGUCUGCCUUCUUGGCCCAGCUGGCUUGUGAAUAUAGCAGUUUGAGGGUGGCAGAAUCCAUCCUCCAAGAGUUGACAUAGGGGGAAGAUCAGACCAUCCAAAGAAAAAGGAAAACCGUGUGGCUACAUUCACCCAAUAUACUUAGUCAAGUUAAAUGAACACCUAGAAUUUAUGCCACAAACUAGUUUGGUUAUUGUUAACCUUGGUUUGAUGUUUUGAGCUUAGUGUGUUGUUCCCAUGUAGACUGGGAAUCCUGAACAGGAUUUUCUCAAAAUCCAAGUGUGUAUGUGUGCAUUCCCCCCCCCUCCUGCGUAGAAUGGAUAAAAGACUUUCUGACUGUUAGCCAAAUCAAGCUUUGGCUUGCCUCUCUUUGACAUCACUCUGUCAAAUGAAGCCCUGAAAGAAAACAGGGUUGGCCUUUACCUAUCAGAAAUAAUUAUAAAGAAGCUUGAGAUGUAGGAUUGGUUUUAUAGAAUCUCUGGUUGGACAGAAGGCAACCCUCAAACCAAUAAUUUACCAAGCUUGGGUUAUAUAUGCAAACAUUCCCUUACCUAUAGUUUCAGUGGCAAAAUAAAAAGCCAUCAAAAAUACACAAGAAAAAUAUUUUCUUUGUCAUUCUUUCCAAGAUAACCAUCACCUCAAAACUACAGUGGAUGCUUCCUUUGUUUGACUGGAAAAGAGAGUUUUGUUUUUU